GGUUACAUAGUAUAGCUGGCUAGGUGCAACGGCCGCAUAACCCUGUUGCUUUGCAUCUCGCCUGUCCAUCCUGUUGGGAGUCUCGCGGGUUAAAUAUUUCAAUUAUGUGCAAAAUUUUUGUACUGUGUAUUGUGAUUGUGUGUUUAAUUGUAUUGGUCAAUGCAGACGAAUCUACAAAAAAAUAUGUUCCAUCACACAAAACCAGCGCAUGUAACUGUCGUUGUGGCGAACGUAAUGAGCCUCCCCGGAUCGUGGACGGCACGGAGACAGGCGUGAACGAAUUCCCGUGGGUUGCCCGGCUUUCUUACUUCAACAAGUUCUACUGUGCCGGCAUGCUUAUCAAUGAUAAGUAUGUGCUUACUGCAGCGCAUUGCGUCAAGGGAUUCAUGUGGUUUAUGAUAAGAGUGACAUUGGGGGAGCACAACCGAUGCAACGCGACCCACCGCCCGGAAACCAGAUAUGUCACCAAGGCAAUCGCCCACAACUUUACCUUUGCCACCUUUAGAAACGACAUCGCACUCCUGAAGCUUAACCGACCAGUGGCUACCAGUGAUGUGAUCAAACCAAUCUGUUUGCCUCUCAAUGACGAUGAAACGUAUGUUGGAAUAAAAGCUAUAGCCACAGGCUGGGGCUCGGUGACUGAGUCCAAGAACCAAUCGUGCGUACUGAUGGAGGUGGAAUUGCCCAUCAUCAGCAACGAGGAGUGCAGGAGCUCACAGUAUGAUUCCAAUAUGAUCAGCGAUAAUAUGCUGUGUGCUGGACUGGCCAAGGGAGGAAAGGACACGUGCCAAGGUGACAGCGGUGGUCCUCUAUGUGCCGAUAAGGGUGGAAACCGAUAUGAACUUCUAGGAGUAGUGUCCUGGGGAAUCGGCUGUGGCAGGCCCGGGUAUCCGGGAGUCUACACUCGGGUCACCAAGUAUCUGGACUGGAUCCUGGAUAAUGGCUGCCCUGGGGGAUUUUGUACUAAUUCUACUAAUUCUCAUGGUUAUCAUGAGUAUGAUGCCGAUGACGUUGGAAUUUUUACAGUCAAUGUACCUGAUUUUAUGUUCAACUAUAAAAUGAAACAAUCAUGGUUCAUCAUUUGUUUGGUGAUUGAAUUGUUGUUUUCACAGGGAAAUGCUGAAAAACAGAAAAACAGACACCUUCGCUUGGAUGAACCGAAAGUAAAUACUUCAUGCGAAUGUGGAAUUGCUGGAAAGAAUCGAAGGAUUGUCGGUGGCACGACAGUUCAGCCCCAUCAGUAUCCAUGGCUAGUAUCACUCAUGUUGGGUCAGAAGCUGCAUUGUGGAGGGGCCAUCAUCUCUGACCAGCAUGUCCUUACGGCUGGACAUUGUAUCACUUUUGGAGUGCAUUUCCACGACCUGACUGUAAACAUUGGUAUGCACGAUCGUCUGGAAACAAACGCCUACUCAGUGCUAAACGUUAUCAAUGGCGUCAAACACCCAAAGUUCACGUCCAACGCUGUUCGGGACAUAAACGACAUUGCCGUGCUCACGUUGAGUCAGAAACUCAAGUUUUCUGAUAGAGUGUUGCCUAUAUGCUUACCAGAUGAAGAAAUGGAUUUCAGGAAAAUUCCAUUGACAGUAGCCGGGUGGGGCAAAACAAGACAGGGGGCAUUGACCUCUUCCAGAUACCUGUUGGAGACUAAAGUGGGCUUAGUGGACCCGAGAAAGUGUUCAAAGUCGAACAUUUACAGGGACAACCUGGUUAAGGAGACUAUGAUGUGUGCCUACAGUCUUGGAAAAGAUGCUUGUCAGGGUGACAGCGGUGGGCCCCUAUUUGCAACACACGAUAAAUCGAAAAAUAGGAAAUGGUAUCAAGUUGGAAUCGUAUCUUGGGGGAUUGAUUGUGCCAAACCCGACUAUCCAGGUGUUUAUACCGUCGUGUCGAAAUAUGUCAAGUGGAUAAAACAGCAAAGUAGAGAAGGAAUGUAUUUAGCCUAUUAUCGCGUGGAUAAUUCGUCAUCUUUACACGCAAAUACGAAAAAAGGCACAGUUCUCGAAGUGCUGUCUGGGACAGAAAAUAACUGGUGUGAAUGUGGGCGACAGAAAGAUGUUUUAGUAUCAAUGCGGAUAGUGGGGGGUCGAAGGGCACAACCCCACUCGUUUCCCUGGGCAAUGGCUAUCCUGAAGAACGACAGGAUGCAUUGUGGAGGCGCCCUUAUCACUGACAAGCACAUACUUAGUGCUGGGCACUGUUUCAAAUGGGACGAUUCGCGUACAAUGAAAGUCCUCAUUGGUUUGCACGACUUGGACAAACUGAACAACGUGACCACCAGGACUAUAUCGAAGGUGGUGAUCCACGAGAAGUUCACAUCAACAGCCGUCAGAGAUGAGAACGACAUUGCCAUUGCCACACUCAACCAGCCUGUUACAUUUUCGCCUUAUAUUAUUCCAGUCUGCUUACCAGAUAGAGAUCAAAACUUUGGCGAUUGGGCUGGCACCAUAGUUGGAUGGGGCCGAGUGGGAGUCGAGAAGGCCUCGUCACGAACACUGUUGAUGGCCAGUUUGCGAAUACUGCCCGACGAAAAGUGUGAAAAGUCCGAGUUGGCACAGCACCUGAAACCAACCAUGAUGUGUGCUUUCUCCAAAGGAAAAGACGGAUGUCAGGGAGACAGUGGUGGACCAUUAAUAGUACUAAGACCAGAUGGAAAAUAUUUACAAGCUGGAAUAAUCUCCUGGGGCAUAGGGUGUGCUGAUCCACGGUAUCCAGGCGUUUAUACCAAAGUAAGCAAUUACAUCGAUUGGAUCCACGAGCAUACGAGUGACGGCGUGUCUUGUCCGUGAAAACAUAAAUGUAAAAAGCUAAAUAAAAAUUUAAAAAAUGUAUUUUCUUUAUUA